GCAGGGCUGUGGUACUGCUCUAUGAGACCACCAUUUUUCUGUAGGUGACUGGCUCCAGCACACAUUGCAGGAUGAGUAGUAAGAUCAUAUUUUACGAGGACAGGAACUUCCAGGGCCGCUCCUAUGAGUGCGACACCGACUGCCCUGACAUGCACCCCCACUUCAGCCGCUGUAACUCCAUCAAGGUGGAGAGCGGCUGCUGGGUGCUGUACGAGAAGCCUAACUACACUGGUUACCAGUAUGUGCUGACCAGAGGAGAGUACCCGGACUACCAGCGCUGGAUGGGCUACAAUGACAGCAUCCGCUCCUGCCGCACAUUCUCCUAUACCAGCGAAGGCCCCUACCGCAUCCGCAUCUAUGAGAGGCCUAAUUUCCAGGGUCAGAUGAUGGAGUUUAGCGAGGACUGCGAGUCAGUGCAGGAACAUUUCCGCACCCGUGACAUCUACUCCUGCAAUGUUAUGGAGGGCUACUGGACCCUCUACGAACACCCCAACUAUCGCGGCCGACAGUAUUUCUUGAGGCCCGGAGAGUACCGCAAGUUCAGUGACUGGGGGGCCACCUGCGCCACCACUGGGUCCUUCCGCAGAAUCACAGAGUUUUAACUUUUAUUCACUUUUCAGUCUCAUUUUGUCACCCAUUUACCUCCUGCUGUAAUCUAGCCUAUUUA